AUGAAUCGCCGGGCACCAGCUUUGAAUCAACGACGGGCCUCUCAUAGCCGACAAGCCGCAUGCCUCAACUGCCGGAAAAGCAAAGUACGCUGUGACCGCAGCCAGGGAGAGGCUUCUUGCGAUAAAUGUAGACAUGUCGGCUUAGAAUGCGUCGUUCCCAGCCAUCAUGUUGGAAGGCAGAAGGGAGUAAAGAACAAGCGCAAAGGCCUGGAAAAAGCACUGCAUCAAAUAGAGCAGGCGAUCAAGCGGCCUAAGGCCGAUCAUCAAUCCACUGAAGCUGCGCAGAAAGUGAUUGCGGACCUUCAAGGUCUGCUCAGCAAGACGCAGAACCAACGGCCGCAGAACGAGAGUGAGGAAUUUUCCGAGGAUCCCGAUCAACCUGAAUCCUCGCACUUCCCAUAUUCAAAUUCCGGGGAAAGCCUCGCUCUAGAUGACGCAGAGAAUCCUUUGCAAUUGCUUGCGCGGGCUUCUGACCUCCAGCUGUCUCCAAAUGAUGUUCGUGAUACAGCAACGUGGCCUUCGUUGGCGACACCGCAUCCAACGGCAGGGUCAAAAGUGAGCUUGGAAAGCAAUGCUCCCGCAGCAAAGACCUUCUUUGUGCCUGUGAGAGUGAAUCGAGACAUUGGCCCGGACUUGGACCCUGUUGAGGUCGGGCUUGUUACACUGCCCGAAGCUGAGUCUCUUUUCUCUUUCUUCUACCAAAAUCUUGCACAUACUAGAUGGGGGCUCGAUCCUCUUAUUCAUACUGUGGAGUUUGUUCGCGCUCAGUCGGCUUUCCUGUUCACUUCAAUUAUGGCCGCCACUGCCCUAUUUCUGCCAUCUACUGCUGCAUUGUCCAAAAGACUAUCGAGACACAGCAAAUGUUUAGCGCACAAGGUGAUAAAAGAACGCCUCAGAUCGGUUGAAAUUGUUCUGGCUUUCAUGGUCAAUGUUCCAUGGAUGGCACCCGGGGGUUGCUUGGGGGACGAUGAUACUUGUUCCUACAUCGCCAUGGCCUUGACAGUUGCAUUGGACCUGUCUCUGAACAAGAUCGUUUUACCGUCAACAAGUUUUGACAGUACCCUUACACGAAGGCUUGCCAAAGCUGAUUGUAUUGAUGGAAGAAGAGCUUUGCAGAUCGAUGGAUUUGACGACAUUGAUCCGGCUUCUGACUGGGGUCACAGAUUGCUACGGCGACGAGAACGGACAUGGAUCGCACUGUUCGUACUUGAACGGGGAGUAUGCCUAGCCCGCGGGAGAAGUUAUACAGUGCCUCCGACUACGCUGAUUGAGAACUGUGACCGGUGGCAUGUCUCAGAUCUGGCGGAUUCUCGCGAUGGCGCUAUGAAUUCAAUGGCUAUACUUCGAAGAGACCUCGAUGGACUGUUUAAAAGGGUUAAAUCCAAUUGCGAUAGCUAUCAGGGAAGUAGUACGGGGUCCGGAGCGGCGCAAUCGAUCAAGACAAUGAUAGAGAGUUUCUAUAGUGAAUGGUAUGAAGUUUGGGGUCCAGGAAUCGGAGAAGGCCAGUCACUCAUCCUUCCACCGUACGUGGAGAUCCUCGUCACACAUACCCAGCUUUCAACAUACGGCGGCGUGAUAAACCAUCCUACAGCUCCCCUUGAAGUGAAACGAUUCUUUCGUGCGGCUGGCCUUUCCUCCGCACUGAAUGUUAUGCGUGCAGCUAUUCAAGGGGAAGCGAGGCUAAAAUCAAUGCCAAACAAUACCGUCAUCAUGAUUUCGUUUGCUGCAUGCUCUGCAUUGAGCCUCAGCGUGAUGCCGACAGAUAGCAAUUCCAGCUUAGCCCCAAGUGUCCGGAAUCUGAUUGAAGAAGUAGCUGGGGUCCUUGAACGGAUUGGAACCACACCAAGUCACAGGAAUGGAGCGUCUGUACUGUAUGGGCGGCUCCUGCGCCAGCUUGUUCGACGCAUACCGGCCAGUUUAGAUUUGCAAGUGCAGGGUGACUCUCGAGGUGUCCCUCAUCCAGAAACGCUCCCUUCGACGACCUUGAAUGAAUUUGGAGCCAUUCCGAUAACGACUCAAGAAGGGUUUGCGCCGUCUCUGUUUUGGUCAGAACCAAUGCAGUUCUCCGCCAUGUCUGACGACCAGAUUAUUGACGCUGUUAAUCGAGCGGGCACUGCCUUCGGAGCUAGUGUUCCUGACGUUCCGCUGGACGAUAUGAUGAGCUGGGACUGGCUCGACAUAGGCAAUCCAGAAUUCAAUUUGUGA